AUGCUGCGUCCUCAACCAGCGCGGUGUUGGCGCUUCCUCCGACAUUCCUAUACCGCUAACCCCCCCUGGUUGCGACCGCAAACAUCGCAAGCUCGGCAAUCCCACAGUCCACCACCAUGGCGGCCCGUCUCCGCUUUGGAUGAAUGGGUGGAACGCGAUAUCCGACCGAUCAGUCUACGGCAGCUGACCUUUUUCGGACGAACCCUGACGGAACCCCGACUGAUUAGCUCUGCUAAUUACGUGCGCACGGAACUGCCAACUAGACUAGCCCACCGGCUCCGAGAUAUCCAGAAGUUACCCUACGUCGUGGUGGCAAACCAUCACCUCUCCCUUGUGUAUGAACUCUACUAUCAAGCGUUUGAGCGAUUCCGGCGAAUUCCCGAAAUAAAGACCCUGGAAGACAACGAAAGAUUUUGCGAUAUACUUCGAAAGACCCUAAAGGAACACCUCGUGGUCAUUCCCAAACUUGCCAUGGGUGUCUUGGAGUGUCGGGAUCUGUUACCACCCGAUGUGAUGGACUUGUUCAUGAAUACUCUCCUGCGAGCGCGGAUUUCGCGCCGCGUCAUCGCAGAGCAACAUCUAGCUCUUACGGAAACCUUUAAUUCCCCCUGGCAUUUCCCUCACUCGCAGGAUCGCAGCGACGCGAACGCCGAUUUCGUCGGGGAGGUGUUCCUGAAAUGCAACGCGAAGGAAGUCAUCGAGCGCUGCGGGAAGCUGGCGCAGGAUGCCAUGCGACAGGAUUCCGGUUCGGAUAAAAUCCCCGAGAUCAACGUGCAUGGACACUUGGAGGCCACCUUCCCAUACAUGCUGAGCCAUCUGGAAUACAUCAUUGGUGAACUGCUGCGAAACUCCAUCCAGGCCGUCGGCGAAAAAUACCACGGAUCGUCGGAGCGACCGCCGCCAAUUGACGUACUCAUCUGCGAAGCGCCGCAGCAUGUCAUCAUGCGAAUAUCCGACCAGGGUGGGGGUAUCCCUCGAGAGAUUCUCCCUUACCUCUGGUCAUUCAACAAGGGUCCCCAUAGCAAUGACCGACUCCAAAACCUGGGACAGGUGCCGGCCAUGGCCGCCACCAUGCAAGAGCUGACGGUACCCAAGGAAAGGAAGCGGGCAGACAAGGAAACGUUCCGCGAAGGCUCGCUGGAUACGCUCACCUCGCGGCCACCCAAUCUUCGACUGGGGAUGGGGCUUCCGAUGAGCCGGGUGUAUGCGGAGUACUGGGCCGGCAGCCUCGAAUUACAUAGUCUUGAGGGGUACGGCGUGGACGCGUUCCUGCAGAUUUCGAAGCUCGGCAACAAGAACGAGCAGGUGACAACGAGAGCAUCGAUUGAUGCCGUAUGA